GGUCAGCCCCCCAAGACCGGAAGCGAAGAAAGGAAAUUUACGGAGAGGGUAUUCUGCCCUGGAAAAUCGCGCUCUGCUCGUCGGACGAUCUCUCUCGUCCUCGCGGCGAGAAGCGGGCCGGCUCGCCGCGAGACACCUCGUCCUGGUCACGGCGGAGGCAGGGAAUUAAUAAAGAAAAAGAGAAAUGUCGGAGAAUUGCAUCCCAGAAAAUGGGAUCUACGAUAUCAGCGUAUUAAC